GGCGCGGGCCUCAUCCCCUGCACUUUCGAUCCGAUCCGCGGCCGUCUCCGGAGCGCUCUCCCACCGUCCCCUGACCCGCUUCCGAGUGCCAGUGCAGCUCGAGGGGGCGUUCGUGCGCUCAGUGCCCUCGUUUCACGGUUGAGGACCCAAGUGUUCUGACUCCGCCCUUGCGCUGCAGCGGCGCUUGUUUACCCCCACGUCUUAGUGGGGACCUGGGAACGUUCUAACAUCGAACGCUUUCCCUCCCCCUUAAGCCCGCCGACCAUGCCCGCGGGCGUGUCCUGGACGUCCUAUCUGAAAAUGUUCGCCGCCAGCCUCUUGGCCAUGUGCGCCGGCGCGGAGGUGGUGCACCGGUACUACCGGCCGGACCUGACAAUACCUGAAAUUCCACCAAAGCCUGGAGAACUCAAAACAGAGCUUUUGGGACUGAAAGAGAGACAACAUGAACCUCAAAAUUCAUCUCUGCCAAGAACUCUAUGAAUAAUAUUAUGAGAAUUAAAUAUAUAUUUUUAGAAUUUACUGAGUCAAACUACUUGUGUUUAAGCACUAAUACAAUGCUAACUGCAAGAGGAAGUGCUCGGCAGAUGUUAACUGAUGCAUUGAGAUUUAGUUAUGGUUUGACUAGUGUUUCUUGAAAACUGCCAAAGCUUAUAUAUCAUCAGCUCCUCUAAUGUCGUUUGAUAGAUACCUAGUCUUAAAUAUCAUGUGAGAGAACAUAUUUGCAGUGUCUCCUACCCUUAGAAUUCUGGUUUAUUUCUCUGAAUAAGCUUGACUAUAACGGCAAAUGGGAAUUAUAAAUUAACUAUAAUAAAAGUGACAUUGACCAUGAAUGCUUAGGGUGAGAAGUUAAUAUUUCUCUAAAUACUGGAAAGUACUAUUUGUACUAAACUGAAUUCAGUUGAAAUAUUUAAAGUUUGAAAUUCUUUUAGAAUUGUAUACAUAACAAAAUUAUAAACAAUUGUGACUUGGACAGUCACAAGUUCUCUACCCCCAAAUUUGAGACACCACUUGGCAUUUAAUUUCUCUUAUAAAAUAUAUUCUAAAAUAACUGAUAAACAUAAAUGAGUAUUGUUAUGGGUUGAAUUGUAUCCCCCCAAAAGAUGUUGAAGUCCUAACUCCCAGUACCU